AUGAAACCAUUUCGCAUUUCAGGCUGCUUAGCCAACGUACAAUGCCCACAAAACAGUAAUCUCUACGCGUAUAUCGACGCCGAUGAUAAUAUAACGGAUGUCACGACAAAUGUCCCAAUGUCCAUAGGCUCCGACAAAGCGCCCUGCAAGGCAGCAAAUUUCUGUUGGCAAUUUGUUAGUCGCCGACAAUACGCUGUUAUUCGCGGCAAACUGGCUGGCCAAAAUGGAGCUGCAAUCUUCUACCCCUUGGACAGGCGCCAGCAACCCGUUGCUCUCGUGUACAAAAAGAUGGCCGGAGUGGGCGGUGAUCCAAUACUACCGUCAAAUGUCAAAGUACUUAAUGCAAUCUACGUUAGUCCGGACCAGGAAAUCAACCAACGACUUAUUUUUGAAUCGGAGAUUCGGGUGAGUCUUGGGUGUAGGAAGGUGCUAUUUUCUGCGUAA